AUGAAAAUUUAUAGUUUAUUUGUUAUUUGUUUUAUUAUUUUAAAAAUAUGUUUAUGUAAAAACAUAAAUAUAAAUGAUGAGGGGAAAAAAAACCAGAGAGUCAUAAAAAAUGAAAAUGAGGAAGAAAAGAAUAAUAAAAGGAAUAAUAAAAAGGUUCAACAUAAUAAAGUUAAUCAUAAAAAAAAUAAUAGUGUAACUAAAAAGAUUGGUGAACAGAAAAAUAAAAAGAUUGAUGAAGAGAAAAAUAAAAAGAUUGAUGAACAAAAAAUAAAUGGUGAACAAAAUAUAAAUGGUGAACAAAAUAUAAAUGGUGAACAAAAUAUAAAUGGUGAACAAAAUAUAAAUGGUGAACAAAAUAUAAAUGGUGAACAAAAAAUAAAUGGUGACCACCACCCGAAUCAAUUUACAGAAGGAUUAGAAAAGCAUAGUUUAGAUGAUAAACUUUUUGACGAUGCUGAAUUAAAUGAUAUUAUUCAUAAAGAAAAGUUUUUUGAGAGUUUAAAAAAUGAUAAUGAUGUAGAUAAUUUUUUAUUAGUAGAUGAAGAAAUGGAAAGAUUAAUGGAAGAAGAAAAACAAAAAAGUAGAAAAUUAGAAGAGGACGAAGAAGAAGAAGAAGAACAAGAAGAUGAUGAUGAAGAGGAAGACAAUGAUGAAAAAUGGAAAAAUAAAAGUGAAAGUAAUAAUAGUAAUAAUAGUAAUAAUAGUAAUAGUAAUAAUAAUAAUAAUAUGCAUGCAAAUUAUGAUAUGUAUGAUAAUACAGAUAUUUAUAAUGAUCACAAUAAUGUGGACAUUAUACAAGAAGAAGAUAUGAAUGAAAAGGAAGCUUUUUUAAAUUUUGAAAAAAAAUUCAAUCAAGUUGAAGAUAAUAAUGAUUCAAAUGAUGAGAAUAAUAAAAUUGAAGAUUUUAUAAGUGAUAAUAUUCAUCAUUCAACUGAUAAUGUAUCGCAUGAAAAUAUAGAAGUAAAAAAGGAAUUACCCCAUAAAAAUGAAAAUAUAAUAAAAGGGAAAGAUGAUAAUUUGACAAAUCAAAAUUUUAAUAAUAAUAAUAAUAAUAAUAAUAUUGUGAAUAAUCAGAUGCAAUAUAAAACAUAUAAAGAAAAAUACGAAGAAGAAAUAUUAAAUAAACCAGAAUCAAUAAAAUAUUUUUUUGAAGUUAUAACUGAAAUAGUAAUAAUAAUAAAAUUAGGUUUAAUAUAUAGAUAUACGAAUUUUUUAAUACCUUUUAAAAAUUUUGUUAUAUCAAAAACUUUAGAAUAUAUAGAAAAGAUAUGUGUAACAUUUUUAUCUAUACAUAAAUUUGGUAGAGAAAAAUAUCCAGAUAUAUAUGGUUUUUUUUUGAUACUUGUAAUAUUAUAUAUAUUAAAAUAUAUAUUAAAAAAGAUUUUAUAUAGAGCAUAUUAUAAUAAAUAUGGUAUGAGUAAAAAAUAUUUUUUAAAGAAUCAAUCAAGUGAAAAUAUGUAUAUAGAGAAUUUAUUAAAAAGGAUUUUAUAUAAUGUAGAAAAAAAAAAAGUGUUAUCUAAUUAUGAAAAUAUAUUACAGGAUAUAUUAGAAAAUACAGAUAACUUAUUAGUAAAUAGUAAUAUAAUAAAUAAAGAAAAUAAAAAUAUUUAUACUGAUAUGAUAUCUAAUAUUAAUAAUAUAGGAGUCUUUACAUAUAUAUCUACCCAAGCAUUAAAAAAAAUUAAUCAUAAAUCAGAUCUUAUAAUAAAUGAAUUAACAACUAGUGGUUUUAUUGAUGAAGAUACAAGUAAUAAAAUGGAUAAACUGAAAAACUUCUCAUCUAUAAAUGAAUAUCCUUAUAUAGAUAUCAAGAAAUAUAAAGAAAAUCUUAUCAAUGAAUAUGAUGAGCAAUUCUUAUUAAAUGAUAAAAUAAGAUACAGUGGUUUUCAAAGCACAGAAAAUGACAAAAGCCCUCCAAAUAAUAAAUAUAACAUGGAUAGUUAUAAUAUAGAUAGUUAUAAUAUCGAUAGUUAUAACAUGGAUAAUAGUAAUGUCGAUAAUAAUAUUAAUAUAAAUAAUCACAUGGAUGAAAAUAUAAAUAUGAAUAACAAUUAUUUAUCUGAUAAAUAUAUGGAUGAUUCUCCAUAUGAUGAAAAUAAUAUGCACGAACAUUUACAACAUCCAAAUAAACAAGAUUAUGUAUCUACAAAGAAUACAUUGAAGGAUAGAAAGUUACACUCUUUUUAUAAUAACAUGGAUAUAAAUAAAAAAGAUGAUAAUUAUAUGAACAAAAUGAUGAUGGAUUCAGACUUACAAAAUUAUAACACUAGAAAAAAUAUGUAUUUAAAUCCAUCCUUUAAAGAGGACCUCAAAAAUAAUGAUUAUGCUAAUAAUUCAACCGAUUUUGUAGAAGGUAAGGAAAUACAACAAGCUGAUAAAUAUAAAACAAGUGAUAUGAAUGAAGAAAAAAAAUUCGAACCAAUAUAUAAUCAUAACAAUAAAACGAUAUUAAAUAAUUUAAAUCCAUUUUCUCCUAUAAAUGAUUAUAAUAAUAAAAAGAAUUCUUUAAAUGAAGAACAAAAUAAUACAAACGAUUCUGAUGUUAUAACAAAUAUAGCAAAUUCUUAUAUAAAUAAACCACCUACUAAUAUAAAUAGAUAUACACAUCCUUCUAUUUAUAAUGCACAUAAUAAGGUAACCAAUCCGUUAUUAAAUACACAAGGAAAUGUAUCAAAGGACUUAGAACAACGUAAAAACACAGAAACGUUGAUGAAUAAUAAAAUGGAAGAAAAUUAUUUGAUAGACAAAGUUACUAACAAUGAUAUGGAAGAACACAUGGAGAAUAAGUUGGAUGAAGAAAAGUUGAAGAUGAAUACUCACAUGAUGAAUAAUGUAUUUGAAGGUGGAAAGGAAUAUAUAAAAACGAAUGAAGAUUUAAAUAAUAUAAAUAAAGCAGGUGAUCAUUUUUUGCAUAACAAGAUAAGAUCUUUUUCAUAUACGCAAUCCCCUUAUCAAGGUGUAGAGAACGCCAAUAAUAAAAACCAAAAGUAUCUGACCCAGCGGAAGGAACGACAACAAAUUGUUGCUACGAAAUCUCCAUUUAAUUAA